AGCGUCCUGAUUCAUCGCUUGACUCUUCAACUGUCUGUGUACUGACUGCGCCAGUACCCCACCCCCUAGAACUCCUGACAACUACCUUAGCGAGGAAACACUCCUCGAUUUUUCUCCGUCUUCAAAAUUAUCGCCAUGGAUUCCUUGGCAUGCACUGCAUGGCCAUCUAGAGCUGUAGCUGUGUCCGUUUCAACACGCUCUCACUCUGACGGUGGAGCGUCGGAGUCUAUAAGUGGGUCAGGGAGAACUCGUCUUGCCCCUGCAAUCGCCAUUGUUCGGUCCAGUGCGUUUAUCGACAACGCAGGCUGUGCAGCCCUUCGUCACCAGGAGGAGGGGACUCGUUCGGAAGGGCGGCGGCUCCCAAGAACUGUUGGUAGCAGCAUAUCCCCAUCCCCACGUCGAUCCCGUGAUGUAUUUGCCAGGCCGCGAGCUGUAGAUCGUAAUGGAGCUGUUGGCGCUGUAAGUGCCGAAAGAGCGAACACUGCUGUGUCUGAAAAGUUCGCAGCGGACUCUUCUUCUCUGCCCGUGGAACAGCGAAAGAUGACGCUGGUGUUCGUAGGGGCGGAGACUGCACCGUGGUCCAAGGUCGGAGGUCUGGGCGAUGUGAUGGGCGCCCUUCCACCGGCGCUAGCUGCCCGUGGACAUCGCGUGAUGACGGUAUCUCCGCGGUACGACCAGUACCACGAUGCUUGGGACACCAGUGUCACUGCACAGGUCAGCCUUGGAGGGGAGCUGGAGACUGUUCGCUUCUUCCAUUCGCUCAAUCGAGGAGUGGACCGGGUGUUCGUCGAUCAUCCGCUUUUCCUCGAAAUGGUGUGGGGCAAGACAGGCCAAAAGAUCUACGGCGAGAAAGUGGGGGUUGAAUACCCUGAGAAUCCUCUGCGGUUCGCCAUCUUCUGCCAGGCUGCACUUCAGGCGCCCUUGCUCCUCCAUUUGGCGGAGGGCACGGGAAUGUCCUCCCCGUACGGAGAGGAUGUGGUUUUCGUCGUCAAUGAUUGGCACGCCGCACUUGUUCCUCUUUACCUGAAGAGCAGAUUUCAGUCCAGAGGGACGUACGCAAACGCCAAG